ACACUGAGAGUACAGAAAGCAGGUAACAAUCCUGAGUUAUUUUCUUCAAAGCCAACACUACUCAGAGUUCUCAAAUUUCCCAAGAAAGAACUGAAGAGUGGCAACAAAGAACACUUCAUCCGCUGCUCUACAAAGAACUCCAAAGAUUUCUCAUUUUGAUGAAACUCAUGGCUGCAGCACAGUGGCAGAUAAAUGGAAUUGCCUCUCUGGGAUAAAACUGAAAUGACAAGUAGUCAAUUUGAUUGUCAAUACUGCACUUCAUCCCUGAUUGGGAAGAAAUAUGUACUCAAGGAUGAUAAUCUAUACUGCAUCUCCUGCUACGAUCGUAUCUUUUCUAACUAUUGUGAGCAGUGUAAAGAACCAAUUGAAUCAGAUUCUAAGGAUCUUUGCUACAAAAACCGUCACUGGCAUGAAGGAUGCUUCAGGUGCAACAAAUGCCAUCACUCUUUGGUGGAAAAGCCUUUCGUUGCCAAGGAUGAUCGCCUGCUGUGCACAGACUGCUAUUCCAACGAGUGUUCCUCCAAGUGCUUCCACUGCAAGAGAACCAUCAUGCCAGGUUCUCGGAAAAUGGAAUUUAAGGGCAAUUACUGGCAUGAAACCUGCUUUGUGUGUGAGCACUGCCGACAGCCAAUAGGAACCAAGCCUUUGAUCUCCAAAGAGAGUGGCAAUUAUUGUGUGCCAUGUUUUGAGAAGGAGUUUGCUCAUUACUGCAACUUCUGUAAGAAGGUGAUAACUUCCGGUGGGAUAACCUUCCGUGAUCAGAUAUGGCAUAAAGAGUGUUUUCUGUGCAGCGGCUGCAGGAAAGAGCUUUAUGAGGAGGCAUUUAUGUCAAAGGAUGAUUUCCCAUUCUGCCUGGAUUGCUACAACCAUCUUUAUGCUAAAAAGUGUGCAGCCUGCACCAAACCCAUCACUGGCCUCAGAGGUGCCAAGUUCAUCUGCUUUCAAGACCGCCAGUGGCACAGUGAGUGCUUCAACUGCGGAAAGUGCUCGGUCUCCUUGGUGGGUGAAGGAUUCUUGACCCAUAACAUGGAAAUCUUAUGCCGCAAGUGUGGCUCCGGGGCAGACACUGACGCUUAGAAAGAGACAAGUCUUUCACCAUCUGAAAUCUGCUUUGCCCUUGCUCUCACUAAAUCUGGAACUUAGUGGCA